ACCGCGUGCGGCAGCAUGGCGGCGGCUGUGGCCGCGGGGGUGGCGCCGGUCCGCGCCCGGUUCCUUGCCUCCAAGGAGCAGUUCCAUGCCUACCUGCGGGCCAGGGGCGAGCCUGGCGCCCAGGCGGGCGGCAGCGGUGAGGAGGAGGUCGAGAAGGAGGAGGAGGAGGACGGCAGCUGGCAGAGCGAGCCCCCCGCCAAACGGGCGAGGUCGGAGGACCUCAGUCAGGAUGGGGAAAACCGAGAGGAUGCCGGAGCGGAGGAGAAGGAGCCCCUGGAGCGGAAGCGGGCCCGGGGGCAGAACAAGAGCAGGCCGUGUAUGAAACCCACCCGCUACGAGCAGAGCAGGCUGUGCCCGUCGGUAACGCAGGGGUGCGCAGAGAAGUGCUACUUUGGCCCACGGUGCCGCUUCCUUCACGACGUCAGCGAGUACAUGGCCACGAAGCCAACCGACCUGGGGCGCAGCUGCGUGCUCUUUGAAACCUUCGGCAAGUGCAUUUACGGCGUCACCUGCCGCUUUGCCCAGGCCCACCUCGGGGAUGGCUUCCAGAACGUCGUCAACACGGACUUGGCCAAGCAGUGGGAAGGGAAGUUGCCGGUGAAGAACAACCUCUCCAAGGACCUCCAGCACCAGCUGCGCAAGAGGAAAUUUAGCUUCAAGAAGGCUGAUGAGUACCUCCGUGGUCUGGCCAAGCCCCAUCGCGAUGGUGGGAAGGGAGGCAAAGCCACAGGGUGCUCUACGGAGGAGCAAGAGGCGUCCAACUGCGCAACACCCCAGGAGGGCCUGGGAGACAGCCCUGAAUGUGCUGUGCUACCAGAGCAGGGAGAAGAUCCCAAACCAGACGCCUUGCAGAGUCCCAGCCCCAUCAAAACAGCAGGCCCGGUGACAGAUGAAGACAUUAUAAAGCUGCGGUCGUGUGAGAAGAAGAAGUUGGAAAUCCAAGGCAAGCUCUACUUGGCUCCACUGACCACGUGUGGUAACCUCCCUUUCCGAAGGAUAUGCAAGCGCUUCGGGGCAGAUGUCACCUGUGGAGAGAUGGCUGUGUGCACAAACCUGCUUCAGGGCCAGUCCUCCGAGUGGGCCCUCCUCAAACGGCAUCAUACCGAAGAUAUUUUUGGGGUGCAGCUGGAGGGAGCAUUUCCAGACACAAUGACCAAAUGUGCAGAGCUCCUGAACCAGACAAUUGAAGUGGACUUUGUAGACAUCAAUGUCGGGUGUCCCAUUGACCUGGUCUACAAGAAGGGAGGAGGCUGUGCUCUCAUGACUCGGUCCAACAAGUUUGAACAGAUCGUCCGAGGGAUGAAUUUGGUGCUGGACGUUCCACUGACUGUGAAGAUACGGACGGGGGUGCAAGAAAAGAUUAACAUGGCUCAUAAAAUAAUCCCCAAGAUCCGGGAGUGGGGAGCAUCCAUGGUCACGCUUCACGGUCGAUCCAGGGAACAGCGGUACACGAGGGGUGCUGACUGGGACUACAUAGCAGAAUGUGCUAAAAUAGCAAGCCCCAUGCCUCUUUUUGGAAACGGUGACAUUUUGUCUUACGAAGAUGCUAAUCGAGCCAUGCAGAUGGGUGUUUCGGGAAUUAUGAUUGCAAGAGGGGCACUCAUCAAACCGUGGCUUUUCACUGAAAUUAAGGAACAGAGACACUGGGAUAUCUCCUCCAGCGAGAGAUUUGAUAUCCUCAAAGACUUCACCAACUACGGCCUUGAGCACUGGGGGUCAGAUACUCAGGGAGUGGAGAAGACCAGGAAGUUCCUGCUGGAAUGGCUCUCCUUCCUCUGCAGGUAUAUUCCAGUUGGCUUAUUAGAACACCUACCUCAGAAAAUUAACGAGCGGCCACCUUACUACAUGGGCAGAGACUAUCUGGAGACGCUGAUGGCAAGCCAAAACGUGGACAAUUGGAUUAAAAUAAGUGAGCUGCUUCUGGGACCCGUACCUACCAGUUUCACCUUCCUGCCUAAACACAAGGCAAAUUCCUACAGAUAGGGCCGCUGAGGCCCUUUCCCAUGGCAUCGAGUCAAGAGGAGGCGUUGGGGUGCUGCGUGUCAAGGAGCGGGGUUGCUCAGCUGUGCUCUGAAAUGAAAUAAAGUUUUACCUUUUUAGAA